CGGGGAAGUCACUCUACACUCAAUAACCCGAAGCUAGAAAAGCAUCGACGAGAAAUGUGAACUGAACUCACUCAUUUAUAUUGUCCAAUUAUAAGGCACCACCACCAACUCAUUUCAAUAUUCUCUCUUGUCUAAAAAACAAGUAUGAAAUUCAAGUCAAGAAGAUUAGAAGCAGAAGCAGGAGCACUGGUCUUAUUCUUUCUCAUUUUGUCAUCGUCAUCUUCUUCCAAUUACGCCAAACCAAGCACCAUCAUUCAUCAAUUCAAGGAAGCCCCCGAAUUCUACAACUCCCCAGAAUGCGCCUCCCUCACCCACAGCAGCGACAGCUACAUAUGUUCGGAGGAAGCGGUACACGUGGCAAUGACGCUGGACACUACAUACAUCCGAGGAUCCAUGGCGGCGAUCCUCUCGGUCAUCCAACACUCGUCGUGCCCGCAGAACACAUUCUUCCACUUCGUCUGCUCCUCUAGCGCGUCCCUCCUACGCGCCGCGAUCUCCCACUCAUUCCCUUACCUCAACUUCCACCUCUACACCUUCGACGACUCCCAGGUCUCGGGCCUCAUCUCCACCUCAAUCCGCUCCGCACUGGAUUGCCCCUUAAACUACGCGCGCUCCUACUUGCCCAGCCUCCUACCCCUCUGCGUGCGGCGCGUGGUGUACCUGGACUCCGACCUAAUCCUCGUCGACGACAUUGCCAAGCUGGCAGCCACACUACUAGGCGAAAACACGGUCCUGGCAGCCCCCGAAUACUGCAACGCCAACUUCACCUCGUACUUCACCCCAACGUUCUGGUCCAACCCUUCGCUGUCUCUCACGUUCGCGGAUAGGAGGCCGUGCUACUUCAACACGGGGGUUAUGGUCAUCGAUUUGGAGCGGUGGCGGGAGGGGGAUUACACCACCAAAAUCGAGGAGUGGAUGGAGCUGCAGAAGAGGAUGAGAAUCUAUGACUUGGGUUCUCUGCCGCCGUUUUUGCUUGUCUUUGCUGGGAAUAUUGCUUCCGUGGAUCAUAGGUGGAACCAGCACGGCCUCGGUGGUGAUAAUUUUCGUGGCCUUUGCAGAGAUCUGCACCCUGGUCCUGUUAGUCUCUUGCAUUGGAGUGGGAAAGGUAAACCGUGGGUUCGGUUGGACGCUAAUAGGCCUUGCCCUUUGGAUGCGCUUUGGGCACCCUAUGAUCUAUUGAACACACCCUUCUCUUUGGAUUCUUGAACAAAAAAUUUAUUCAAAUUCGGAUUAUGAUAGGAUCCAUAUAAAUAUAUACUCAUACAUAUAUACAAUUUGAGCUCUCUCUCUCUCUCUCUGCUGGCGCUUUCGGAUCGGACUACGAUGGAACGUACGGUUCAAUGCAAAGGGUGACGAUUUUUUUUAUUUUGUAGAUUCGUACAGAUCUGAAGUGAACACAAGGCAACGCAGAUUCAAACGGGGAGGAAAGAAAAAGGUGAACUGAAGAGGGUGAAUGAGAUUCGGGAAUUUUAAAGUGACAGGUAAUUGUACUGUUGUUAUUGUAUCAACUAUCAAGAUAACUGUGCAUAUAAAGAGCUUCCAUAUUUUGGAUGCGUAAAUUCCUCAACUUUUUUUAUUUUCAACUUAAUAAAGCUCUGUAUAGAGUAUAACACAUUGAUUGUUCUUCCUUUUAUUAUAUUGCGCCACGGUAAUAAUUCGAAGUUAGUUUGGUUUUCA